AUGGCCAUGGUUGUAGCCAGAAUAUUGCCGGCACCAAGAUUACAAUAUCAUACCUUUUCUUGUGAUGUUUCGUUCAUUCUAAAGGAUGGCUCAUGGAAUAUGUGCGAUAAAAAAGUCACUGCCAGUGCAACACUUAGUUCAUGGGCUGUUAUUACUUUUGGAAGAUACGAAUUGAAAGCAGUACAAAAUUUUAUUCAAGAAUUAGUUAAUACAUGUUUUGAUAUUGAAAUGAAUAUUCUAAAUAAGUCUUCACCUAUCCAACAAGUACUUUCGAAUACUAGCAUAGCAUUGUAUGCUGAAAUUAAAUGUAUAAGUGAUACAGUACUUGGUGUAGCUUCUCAAUGUGUUCAAUCUAAACAUAUAUUUCAAGCAAAAAGCAUACCAUUUAUUUCACAACAACCUACUAUGAUAAUAGGUGCAGCAGUUUCUCACCCUUCCCCUAGUAGUGAUUAUACUCGUCCAAAUAUUGCUGCUCUAUAUACUUCAAUGAAUUCAAAAGCAUCUC